GAAUGCGUGCCUAUUUAAGUAUCGACGUACCCCAAAAUAUACUAAUUUUAUUACAUUUCGGUUUUUGUUAUGAGAGGUUUAAGUUCUAGUGAUGUUAAGAGCAAGAAGUCAUUGAUAUAUCCCAUUGCUAUAGCUGGGAUUGUCGGUUUAUCCUUACUUUCAGGUGCCAUUUUAAAUGCGUUCUCAGGUAAAGAUAAUCUCAGCACUGAUGGACUUUGCCCAAUUUUGCCGAUCAAAGCACCUGUGUCAUUCUUAAAAGAUAAUUCCACUGUGUUGAGUAUUCUUCAUGACAAGGAGUUCCGUGAAAAAUCUGCUGAAAAGUUAGCCAAAGCUGUUCAAGUGGAUACAGUGGUGUUUGAUAGUCCACCAGAGCCCGAUGAGAACCCUGAAUAUUGGACAAAGUUCUUAAAGUUCCACCAGUAUUUGAGAGACACUUUCCCAACUGUUCAUAGUACUUUGAAGCUCGACAAAGUUAACACUUAUGGAUUAGUCUUUACUUGGGAAGGAACUAAUCCUGAUUUGAAGCCUAUUAUGUUGACUGCACAUCAAGAUGUGGUUCCUGUUCAACAAGACUCAUUGGGAAAAUGGACACAUCCACCAUUUGAAGGAUACUAUGAUGGGGAGUACUUAUUUGGACGGGGUUCCUGUGACUGCAAGAACGUCUUGACGGCUAUUAUGGAGUCGUUGGAAUUGUUGAUAGCUCAAGACUUCAAACCUGAAAGAACCGUUAUUGCAGCUUUUGGAAUGGACGAAGAGUCAGGCGGUUUGGUUGGUGCUCGUCACAUAGGAGAAUUUCUUGAAGAGAGAUACGGAGUUGAUGGAAUCUAUGCCAUUAUUGAUGAAGGAUUCCCCUUCUCACUCGAACCUCAAUCUGGUGUAUUUAUGGCAACCCCGUUGGUGUCUGAAAAAGGAAUGGCGACCAUCAAACUGCAACUUCAAACUCCUGGAGGACAUUCAUCCAUGCCACCAGAUCAUACUUCCAUUGGUAUGAUCAGUGAAUUGGUUUACUUGCUUGAAAACAACCCCUUUGAACCCCUUUUGACGUCUAAAAACCCUACUCUCAAUAUGCUUCAGUGUGUAGCUACCCAUUUCGGUGACAAGCUCCCUCCCAGUUAUAGGGAAGCCAUUUUGAAGGCUGACUAUGAUACCAAAUCCAAUCAAAUUGUCGUUGAUGCUUUACAAAAGGAUGUUGCUACUAGAUACUUCAUCAGGACUUCUCAAGCAGUUGACAUUAUCAAAGGGGGCGAGAAAGCCAAUGCAUUACCUGAGGCUGUAACCUUGACCGUGAACCAUAGAAUUGCGCUUGAAAGUUCUAUCAAAGAGAUAGUGGACAGAUUCAUGAAGUAUGCUAAAAUAGUGGCUGUGAAAUAUAAUUUGGGCUUGAAUUUGGAGGGAACACCAGUCAUUGAUAGCGAAGGAAAGUUUGGAAUCUUAGAUGUGACUCUCGAUGGUAGCAAGCUCGAACCUGUGGAACCAUCUCCUUCAGAUGACACGGUUUGGGAGUAUUUGGCUGGAGUAUCGAGACAUUUGAUGCAUGACUUAAUCAAACCAGAUUUGGAAUAUGACUUUGUAGUCACUCCAAUGGUGAUGCAAGCGAACACUGAUACUGCCCGUUAUCAUCACUUGACCAAAAGUAUCUUUAGAUACAGCCCCAGUCUUGGUCAAAUGAUAAAUUUCCACAGUAUCGAUGAACGUCUUGAAUUCGAUGCCCAUUUACAUUUGAUUGCAUUCUUCUUUGAAUAUUUGCAGACCAUAGACACCCCAGAUGCCGAAAACCAAAAAUUGUAACGAGUCAUUGUAUAAUAAGUAUGUGAUAUAUAAUAUUUUAAACUAUGUACAAGUUUAUCUUUAUGCAAGUGUCUUAUUGUUUUCACCCUCAUAUAUCCCCAAAUAUGUGAAAAGUCUGUCCCAUUGGCCCUUUUUGUGGACCAUGGCUAACAUUAGUACUGCUGGCAAAUGGUAAACCGAGCCCCAGAAAAGUUUUCUAGCAUGUACAUUAGCCUUUUGUAAACCUUCCACUGUAGGACCUUUCGCAGACUGGUAGUUGAUCUUCUGUUGGCUCCAAAAUUGAUAAGCAAGGUAUGCUAGCCAGGCAUUUACAAUAGAGGAAUCCACCAGGAACAUCCAGUCAGUAACAUCAAAGUAGCUUAACCCAAAGCAUAUUGGAAACAUCAAUAAAGAAUAUCUCAAAGACACCCUAGCAUUAAGUCUCGGAUUUUCAGCAGCCGUCAUUAUGUACCCUGCAUCUUUAUACUGUUGUGCAAUGUUGUGUGACAACGAGUUGAAAUGAGGAAACUGCCAGGCAUAUAGCAAACCCGCCAAACACCAAGCACCCGGAUGCCAUAAGGAGGACGACGCGGCCCAUCCCAUUAAAGGGGGAAUGGCGCCCACCAAAGCACCCACCCAUGUAUUUAUGAUGGAUUUUCGUUUCAAAGUUGUGUAUAUCCCCCCAUAUAAUACAAUGUUCAUUACUCCUAAGAUUGCCACGGUGGGAUUGACUCCAUAGUUGAGCAUGAUAGCACCUAGAGCACCCGUAGCCGCUGCAAAUUGAUAUGCCUGAGUGCUCGUCAACUGUCCUGUUACAAUGGGCCUGUUUGAAGUUCUGACCAUUCUUCUAUCAAAUUCAGGUUCCCUUCCCAUAUUUAUAGCAUUGGCAGCUCCCGAGCAUAAGGUGGUCCCUAUAGCAAGAAACAUCAACUCUUGUAUAGAAACUGUGUAGGGCGACAAUGCGUACGAGCUUAUUGAACUCAACAUAACAAGAACCGUUAAGUUUGGUUUGGUCAAUUUGAUAUAUGGCCUAAUUAAAGCUUUGAGGGAAGUUUCUUCAAUGGCCACCUUUUUUGGAGUUACUUUGAAUGGAAUGUGCGAAUCUUGACAUGUCAAAACCUUGGAAGUCACUUCAUGUAGUACUCUUUUGCUGUCUGCUGAUUGGGAAGCAGGUUGUGAAUUCUUGUAAAGGUGACGUUGAUUAAGGAGGUAUUGAUUAUUGAGAAAGUUCUGGGAUACCACGAGGCGCUUUUUGGUAUUAUUGAAGAAGAAGUUGAAGUUAUUGAUAUGGUUUAGCCUGUUGACCAUUAACAACUUCGAAGACAUGAUGGGAGAAGGUGUAUGUAAUUUGUUGAAAACGAUAGAUCUCACUU